UGAUUCUCCUUCUAGACUCUUCUUCUUCUUCUCCUAGUUCUUCAAGAGCUCUUUUUCUCUCUCUCUCUCUAUAUCUCUUGGUUCCUUCCUUGGCCUUCUAUUCCAUGGCUUCUGAUCUUCAAGCGAGGGCCAAAGAGGCAUUCGUCGAUGAAGACUAUGAUCUCGCGAUGGACCUUCUCACUAAGGCCAUUGCUUUUGAACCUAACAACGCUCAAUACUAUGCCGAUCGUGCCCAAGCCAACAUCAAACUCAACAACCUCGCUGAGGCUGUUGCUGAUGCAAACAUGGCAAUUGAGUUGAAUCCUUCUCUCCCAAAAGCAUAUUUGCGGAAAGGUACUGCAUGCAUGAAGCUUAAGGAAUAUCAGACAGCUAAGGCAGCUCUAGAGAUGGGUGCUUCAUUGGCUCCAGGAGAUUCAAAAUUCAUUGAUAUGCUCAAACAAUGUCAUGAGCUCAUUGCUGAAGAAUCUGAUGUCACACCUAUAAUACCAGAAAAGCACACGACAACUCGGGAUGUUUCUGCCAAAGAACUUGAGCAAAAGAAUGACGUUUCACAGCAGAUGACAGUAGCAGUUGCUAAACCUAAAUACAGGCAUGAAUUCUACCAAAAACCUGAUGAGGUGGUUGUUACCAUUUUUGCAAAGGGCAUUCCACGGGACAGCGUGACUGUUGAUUUUGGUGAACAAAUACUAAGUGUUAGAAUCGAUGUACCUGGUGAGGAUGCAUAUGCUCUUCAACCUCGCUUGUUUGGAAAGAUCGUACCUUCCAGAUGCCGAUAUGAAGUUUUGUCUACCAAGAUGGAAAUCCGGCUUGCAAAAGCAGAACCUAUCCACUGGGCAGCUCUUGAAUUCCGUGGAGGUGCAACGGUUCCACAGAGGGCUAUUGUUUCAUCAGUUAUCAACGUUCAAAGGCCUACUUACCCUUCCUCUAAACCAAAAAGAAUAGAUUGGGAUAAGCUGGAAGCUCAAGUUAAGAAAGAGGAAAAAGAUGAAAAGCUUGAUGGUGACGCAGCGCUGAACAAAUUCUUCCGCCAGAUAUAUCAAGAUGCAGAUGAGGACACCAGAAGAGCAAUGAGCAAAUCAUUUGUGGAGUCUAAUGGAACCGUAUUGUCCACAAACUGGAAAGAAGUGGGAUCCAAGAAGGUUCAGGGAAGUGCUCCUGAUGGCAUGGAGUUGAAGAAAUGGGAAUAUUAGUUUUGGAUCAAUAUUAAUACUUGUACAUCAUUUCAUUUAAUUAUUAUUGGAUGCUCAUUAAUAUUAUUUUUGGCAGAUAACAUCUGACUAAGAAAAAGAAUUUUUUGUUACAUCAUAUUUGAAUACUUCAAUUUAAUUGUAUAUCUUAGAUAUUCAUUGAUAAGACUUGAUAAUAUGGACCAAUUUGUAGACUUUUUAUUACGGGAAUACAUGAAUAAUAUUUUUAUUUAA